AUGUUCACUGAUCAGAGAAGCACGGAGGAAGAGAACAUCAAAAGGACGAAGGAUAUCUUUAAAUCUUCCAGUCUUGUCCGGCGUGACAGACUUUUAGGACACCUUCCAGAACAAAAGAAAAAGCAAAAUGAGGAAACUCCGAACGAACAGACUCCGAAUGAAAAGACUCCGAAUGAAAAGACUCCGAAUGAAAAGACUCCGAAUGAAAAGACUCCGAAUGAAAAGACUCCGAACGAAAAGGUAAAAGAGAAGCUAGACAGAUGUCUAAACAUUCAUCUAGAUUUUAUCUCGUUCAAAGAUAUUCCAUGCUUUUAUUCAACUGCCGGUAAACCAUUCCCAACUGGCUGGAAGAAGACAUUCCGGACUUUUGCGAAUGGUCAUCCCAACAAUCCCGACGAUGAUCUUCAAAGCGCUAUGCGAGAUGCCCUCCAUACGCUCCGUAUUGAUGGAGGAAACUUGCGACAAUUGAUCACAAUCUUGGGACAGAUCGUGGGGCAUGAGUGGGAAUCGUUUCCCAAGCGGAUAUAUAUCGACUUUUCUGAAAUUCAACCUACGGCCGAGGGGAGAAUCUGGAAGAAUGAAAUCGAUUUUAUCAAAGACCUCUCCACUCAGAGAAAUAUUCCGUUCGACCCAGAGAGUUUCCAAUUUGUGAACGAUACCCUCAACUACGAGAAUGACGACGAUCCAGCCGCAACUAAAAGGCUUCGCGCAAUCAUCACCCUUCUCUUCUCCGUCGAGAUCUUUCCAAAUCUUGAAGAGGUUGCGAUUGACAAGCGAAUUCUUGCUUUCUUCAAAGAUUCUCCCGCCGAGUCGCUUGCUACUCCGUCUCUGGCAAUUAGAGGCUUGGACAAGUCCAUCUCUAUUCCGUGGAGCACCGUCCACAAGCUAUCUAAUAACAUGCCAACAAAGCAUCUGUUACUUGAGGGCUGUUUUAAUGACCUUCCCGCCCAAGAAGGCCAAGGUAUUAAGCAUUGUUCAGACAUUACCCUCAACAAGAUAAACCUGGGUGGUAUCUCGCUUACGCACCUCAUCGAUAUACCCUUUGCCAAUCUCUCGGCGUUAAGAUAUAUUGGCGAGGAUGCUCCACCUCAGGAUUCACAUUGGACAGAUCCAUUGCAGUGGAACUUCACUGGGAUCUUAAAUCACCAAGGACGUAAUUUGCAAACGUUGUGUCUUGGCUUGGCUGGAGCCACAAACGGAUACAGAGGGGGCCCCGUCCCCUUCUCGAAGCAUGAGCUCACGAGUUUGACACAUUUGUGGAUUGAUACUGGCAAAUUUAAUAAAAGAUGGGAGCUGGUCGAUGUAAUAGAGUUUCUGUUUUCAUUCGAACCUACCUGUCCGCCAAAUUUGACUGAUAUUCGCAUUACCGGCCGCGAUGACGCUGUUAUAGAAUGGAUCCAAGUGUUGCUCGGCUAUGGGAACCAGGAGAGCGUUGUCGAGAAGUCAGUGCUGAAGAGUCUCAAGAACUUUGGCAUCAGGAACAAAGACUUGGUGGAAAAAUACCAGCAGCGUCUGAAAGAACUUUCAUGUAAAAUCGAGCUCUAUCAUAUCGACGUUGACGAGGACAUCAAGCUCUGGAGAAUCCCAACGGCUAAUCGCGGCAAACUUGGAUACGUCCUAGAGUAA